AUGGCUGAAAAUACUACUACAAAUGGCGAUUCUCGUCAACAUUACGGUCAAACGCAAUCACAGCCUGAGAACCCGUUCUCUGCCCUCAUUCCUGAGCAGCAGAUAGCGAUUGUUCCACAGUUCACUCUCGAGUCCGGAGUCACACUAUAUAACCUACCGGUUGCUUAUACAACUCGCGGCAAACUCAAUGAAGAGGGCAAUAAUGCCAUGGUAAUCUGCCAUGCUCUCACUGGAAGUGCCGAUGUGAGCGACUGGUGGGGUCCUCUACUCGGAGGUCCUGGCCGAGCUUUUGACACUUCAAGAUUCUUCAUUGUUUGUAUGAACAGUCUUGGUAGUCCUUAUGGCACUGCGAGCCCAGUAACUGCCAAGGACAAUGAUCCAAGCAAGGGCCGAUAUGGGCCCGAGUUCCCUCUUACCACAAUUCGAGAUGAUGUCAACCUUCACAAGCUCAUCCUUGAUGAUCUAGGCGUGAAGCAACUUGCUGCUGUUGUUGGAGGUUCUCUGGGUGGUAUGUUUGUGCUUGAGUGGGCAUACUUUGGCAAGGACUAUAUCCGAUGUAUUGUCCCUAUCGCGACCUCAAGCAGACACAGCGCUUGGGGUAUCAGCUGGGGUGAGGCUCAACGACAGAGCAUCUACGCCGACCCCAAGUACGACGAUGGAUAUUAUGCCUUUGAUGAUCCUCCUUCAACUGGUCUGGGCGCGGCUCGUAUGUCUGCUCUGCUCACAUAUCGAAGUCGUAACUCAUUUGAGUCGAGAUUCGGACGCAACAUCCCCGACCCAUCCAAGGUUCAAACCAUUGGAGGUCGACCUCGCCCCUCAACUCCCUCAGAGGCACACUUCCAUAUUCACAACGACGGCCAUGUUGUAAAGCGUACAUCCAUAACUCGCCAGAACAGCACAACUGAUGCAGCCUCAACUGCUGAGUCACCUGCUGUGCCCGAUGUAGCGGAUCCUCAAUUCCAUGGACCUACCAAUGGUAGCCUCACUGGAGGAGAUCUGCCUCAGUCGCACUAUUUCUCCGCCCAGUCGUAUCUACGAUACCAGGGACGUAAGUUUGUUACGCGAUUCGACAGCAACUGCUACAUUGCCAUGACUCGUAAAUUGGACACGCAUGACGUGUCACGCAACCGAGCAGACACCAUCGCAGAUGCACUAGCUAUGAUCCAACAACCCACACUUGUUUUGGGCAUUGAGAGCGAUGGCCUCUUCACUUUUGCUGAGCAGGAGGAGAUUGCACAGCACGUACCUAAUGCACGCCUCGAGCGAAUUGACAGUCCUGAGGGUCACGAUGCAUUUUUGUUGCAGUUUGAGCAAGUCAACAACUAUGUCCUCUCAUUUUUCAAGGAGGUCCUACCUGAUAUUAUGUCCAAGGAUGGCGGAGCACCCGAGGAGGCUAGUGUUGGACAAAUCACCAAGUCGAGCACAUUUGGAGAAGCUGAAGUUGAGGAUAUUACUGCGUGGUAG